AUGUCGCCAGUAACCCGAAUACCUUUCAAAGUUUUGAGCGCCUCUGCGUCUACACGGCUUCCGACCUUCUCGAUCGCCCUCUGUCGCUCAUUCCCCGAGACAACGCUGUCGACGUCUCGGUCACUGCGGUUCCCCUUGCCGCGCACUAUCUUCACACAGUCUUCAGCUCGACUCGCCGGGCCAACGGCCGCUGCAGACCAACAACCAAAGACCACAUCCCCCCCUCAAGCGACGGCGACGGACCCCAAACGCCAUUCUUUCGACAACCUUGAGGAUCAGCCGCUGACUCUGCAAGAAGAUGACCCUUCACAAGUGGACUGGACAAGAUCUUUCCACGGUCUCUCCGUGGAACCCUUUUCCAAAGAGGCUGCGGACGCGCUACAGGCGCCGAUAGCUCCCGAAGACAUCGAGAUAAAGCCAGACGGGAUUAUUUAUCUUCCGGAGAUCAAAUAUAGGCGGAUCCUCAACAAGGCUUUUGGACCUGGUGGCUGGGGACUUGCCCCCAGAGGCGAGACAAUUGUCACCGAGAAGUCUGUUACGCGAGAAUAUGCAUUACUGGCGCAUGGAAGACUGGUUUCGAUUGCGCGCGGAGAGCAAGAUUACUUCUCAAAAGAGGGCAUCCCAACAGCAGUCGAAGGGUGCAAAUCCAACGCCAUGAUGCGGUGUUGUAAAGACCUGGGCGUAGCCAGCGAGCUUUGGGACCCACGCUUCAUCCGCAAGUUUAAGGCAGAGUAUACUCGAGAGGUCUUCGUCGAGCACCAAGUCUCUAAGAGAAAGACCAAAAUUCACUUGCGCAAGGGUGACCCUGUCCCGUAUCCUUACGCCGAGUUGAAGAAAUGA